AUGGCAGAAGGUGGUGAGAGCACUGGUGUGGAAGAUAAAUGGAUUCCGCCUGUAUCCACAAAUUCCCAACCAAGAAAAAAAGAUUCACCCCAGACCUAUCAUGUUGAUAGCGUUUGGACCACUGGCAGAGUAUGUAUCAGGAAACCAAGGAAUGAUGAACUUUACAUCUUUGUUCUUAGAGAUGAGGUAUACUAUGGACAGUACUUGUUCAAACACCGUAAAGGGUAUCUAGAUGCUCAUGGCUGGGAAUUUGGACACUAUAAAGGGUUGCCUUGUAUUUCUAUUUCAACUGAUAAGGUUAGGGAAUGUGAACAAGCUGUGCAUCAAUGGAUUUCAGAUCAGCGAAAUGUCCUGAAGGCGAGGAAAUUGGAGUUAUUCUCUGAUGAUAUCAAUGAUUCCCUCCAGAGGUUUCUGUCCUCUCUCAUGCCAGCUAUACAGAACACAGAUGGUGAAGUUGAUGUUUUUUAUGAUAAGGCCAUGGACUGUUUAUACAUUGUGGGAUUUAAAAAAUCUGUGGAUGAAAUAUUCAAAGAUGCUAAAGCUGACAUGAAAAAUUAUGAACUAUCAAUAGUAGAAAGUAUAAUUGAUUUACAGUCAGAAUUACAUGGAGAUGUCCUGAGAUCUUUCCACAUUUUUGAUAAGUUGAAUCAAGAUUUUCCAAAAGUUGACAUUCAUCUGCAGGAUUGCAACAAAAAAGUGAAAUGUAGAGGAAGAGCAAAUGAGAUUGAAAAAUGUAGAAAUAAGGUGGUAGAAUUUCUCCGUGGAUUGAAAACAGAAAGAUUUGACAUGCCACCAUCUCCGACUAAACUUCUUUUGAAACCUGUGACAAAAUCAUAUAUCAACAGUUUGUUGGAGGAAGACAACAUAUCGUGUGCAUUGGGUGUUUCAAGGGAGGGCAAACUACAGCUUGUAUAUCAACAAGCAUCUGAUUUGAAGGUGGCUCAUUGCAAAAUAAAGGAAAACAUUAAAGUAUUUGCUUUUUCAGCAAGUCAGUUUACACGUUUUAUGGAGAUGUCAUCAAGAUUGUUAGGCCUGAGUCAGAAACAAUUUGAAAGGCUUAUCAUAGAAGAAACAACAGAAGGAGUCAAUGUUUUAGCGACUUCAGAUGUAAGUAAAGAUAUUACAAAGUGGAUACAAUCCAGUGCCUGUGGAAGUCAGAUGCAACAUGCAGCUGUGCAGAUGGAAAUACCACCUCAAGCUUCAAACAAAAAAAAGGAACGGUUGGCAGUUACAGAUUUUGAAUUGUGUUUGUGGAUUGAUUUGAGGUUGGCUGAUGUUUGUAGUAAAGUACCAGAAAGACAUUACACAACUGAAAAUGGAUAUAUUGUGAUAGAGGCAUUGGAAGAGGACAUCAAACAUAUUCAGGAAGACAUCAAGGGGGUCCUUCACAGGAUAGAGAAAGAUAAGGCAGCAUGUUCUCUACAGAAAGAUUGUGGAGGUCUUCUUAAAAACCAGAAAGCUAAAGACUAUGUUUCAAACAAGCUGAAAAGGAACGAACAUAGAUGUGUUUGGAAGCUUGGAACAGAACUUACUGUAUAUGUAUAUGCACUAACAGUACAAGAAGCUUCUGCUGCAGCACAUAGCAUUGGUGGAAUGGUAUCUGUUAGGUCUUUAAGUGCAGAUUUCCAACGUGUACAAGAGCUGUUAAACGAAGAUGCCUGCAAAGAGGUGCUGGAAAAAUACCAAGGGAAGGCUAAAAUGCUGUCGGCAAGUGAUGAGUUUCCAUUAGUUGCAACAACAGAUGCCAUGGAGGAAAUUAUUCAAGUGUUUAAAGCUUCUGAUAAAAAGAUCAACACUGAAAUGUCAGUCUCUCUGGAAUUGUCUGAUGGAAUCUGUGCAUUUCUCCUGGAGAAUCAGUCCAGUUUUUUUAAACAAGCACAAGAAAUGUAUGGUGUGCGUCUAAUUUCAUCUGAAGACAAAAGACAGCUUAAGUUAUUAGGACAUGAGAAAGACGUACGUGCUAUAAAAUCUGCUCUAGAAAGCCGUAUUUCUGAUAUCACAAGCAAAAGUCAAAGUAUGAACUUCCUUCCUGAAUUACUUUCAGAUGAACGACAAAAGCAACAAUUUCAGAUGCUUAACCACUGUAACUUAUCAAUGGAAAAGGCAAAGAUACCCAGAAAACCCUGUCCAUCAAAUACCUGGGUUCUGAACAAUUCCAAUUACCUGAUGCUGGUUCAAGGAAGCAUAGCAGAGACAAAUCACACCAUGUAUGCUGUGGUAUGUCCUGUCGAUGGUAAUAUGAGGCCAAUCGGUGCUGGACAGGCAAUCAUGGCACAUGGAGGAAACUCUUUAAAAAAUGACAUUCAACACAAUAGCAGUCAUGGCCAAUCCAGCAGUACAGGAAAAUCUGACCCUUGGACAUACUUCAGCGACGAGACUGGCAACCUUGACUGUCAAAGCAUCAUCUACACUGUGUUCCCUUCACAAAAGGAAAAAGGAAGCCAAAUGUCCGUAUCAAAAUCUGUUGUUGCCGCCAGAGUUAAAGAAACAUUGGAACUUGCUGAUUCAAAAGAACUUUUCAGCUUAGCUAUUCCAUUUGAAUUGUCUGAUGUCAUACCUGUAGCAAACUGUAUUCAAGCUGUAGCAGAAUGUUUGUUGAAAUCUGUUGGCACCCUGAAACAUUUGAAAGAAAUAUACCUGUACUGUAAUGAAAAGGACCUUGGUGUUACCAGGGUUAUUUUUAGUCAAGUUCUUCCACCUGAAAGGCAUUGGAAUUUAGAUUUUUCAAAACUGAUAAAAGAUCAAGAAAAAGACAAAAAGCAUUCGCCAAUCCAAAUGGAGAUAGUGAAAGGAUCUUUGACUGACCAAAAGGUGGAUGUUCUAGUUAACACAACUAAUCAGAGACUGGAUCUAGAUAUCGGAUUUGUUUCAAAAACAAUUUUGAAAAUGGGUGGAAAUAGAAUCCAGCGUGAAUGCAAUACAACUUACAAAGACGGGAUCUGUAUUGGUGAUGUUGCUGUGACUUCAGCUGGAAAGUUUCAACGGGUGCGCAAUAUAUUUCACGUAGUGUUGCCUAGCUGGAAACCCACAGGCAACCUUUCUUUGAUGGUUCUCGAGUUGCUGAUGACAAAAUGUCUUAUUGAAGCAGAUAAAAGGAUGAUGCAGAGCAUCGCUUUCCCAGUGCUUGGGACAGGAAAACUGCUAUAUCCAGUCCAUCUUGUCAUCAAGACCAUGUUUGAUACUGUCAUGAAAUAUGGUACCAGCAAAAAGACAAAUAUCAAGGUUGUGAAGUUUUCAAUUUUUGAAGAUGAUAUAUUGAAGGCUUUUAAGAUUUAUGAAGAACACAGAGGCUUUGGAGCUGCUAGAACUGAUGACAAAGAGCCCCCUUGUAGUAUCCUUGAGGCCAGGGUUCCAACUAAAGGGACAUCAGUUCAGAUACAAGUUCUGCUUUUCCGCAGAUGCGCAUGGCGAGUUCAUGCCUUAGUGGAAUUUGUCACAGCUGCAGAAUGUAUUUCAGAUCCACAGUACCAAGAACUUACUGCUACUGGCUACACUUCAAAAUGGCUUACCAAAGGCUCACAGCAUUAUCUAAGUAUUAGGGCACUGUUUGAUUUUGACGAUAAAAUUACCAAAAUUAUCCAAAGAGCACUGAAGGAUUCAUGCGAAGGAAGAGUAACAUCUGUGGGAUUUGUUGCGAAGACUUUGGAGUGCCAGAAGUCAAAACGGAAACUGACGUGCAAAGACCUAGCAAAACUGGUCAAGAAAUCAGUUAAGGAAUUUAAUGGAGACAACAUGUACUUACAGGAAAUUAAAAUACUUGUCAUGGCAGAAGAAGAUUUUUACAUGUUUCUGGCAGAAAAGAAAUCAAAGAGAAACACAGGAACAAGAAAGGAAUUCAAAUUAUUUGGUAAAAAGAAGUGCCCAUGGAAGGUAGUGAGAUACAUGAAGCAGUCAGAUUUGAGGUUUAAAGUCACCUUGGUUGCAGACAAAAACAACGUUGAAAAGGCUUUCGAAAGUUUUCUGUCAGAAACUGCUAAACAGGAUAACACAGGCCACCAUUUUGUUAAUGAAAAUGGACAUCUGACUGAGAGAACAGUACAGGGGGCCACUGGUGGAUAUACCAGUUACCAAACUGACACUGGGCAUCCCGCUGAGUCAUCAGGAGAGGGUGCCACAGGUGGAGUCAUUGGUUACCAAAAUGACACUGGGCGUUCUGCAGAGAGAAGAGUUCAUCCUACUAAAGGCAGUCAUUAUGAUUUCGAAAAUGACAUGGGCUUUUCCGGGAAUAGAACAUCACAUGUUAAUUCUAGCAGUGAAAAUCAUCUUCUGCUCAACAAUAAGCAUGCUAAACCGCAUACAUUGCAUGGUCCAAACAGCUCUCCUGGUUACCAGCUGGACACUGGACAAAGAAGAGAUCUUGAUAAAACAAUGCUGCAUUCACAGGAAAGCCAUCGCUCUGUUCCAAGUGAGCAACUUCCACUUCAAAAGGAUCAGCAUCCUCCUGUACAGGACAUUGAUGUAUUUGAAACAUUAGUUGCUGGCGUGAAUCCUGGGAUAUCAUCACAUGCCUCAGAAUGGAAGACAGAACUGAAAAGUCUUCAUUGUGACGUGAAUAAAGAUCAAAUAGUUUGCAAAAGUCUGCCUAGUCUUGAGAAAGUUGAUAAAGCACUUCAGAUCAAAUUCUGUUCAGAUCCACUCCUGGUCAACUGCAUUGAUGAUCACUUCAACAAUUCACAAGAUCACGGUGUAUAUGUGGAAAGUAUUGAUAUGUCAGAGGAAACGUUUCUGGCUGUUAAACACUUCAGUGCUAAAGAUUACUUUUCAGAUCAGAUAUCUUACAAAAAUGGCAAGCUUCGGGUAUCUUGCACUGACAAAACAAUAACAAAGGCUGUCAAAACUUCUAUUGAAAGUAAAAUGAAACACAUAGAGAUCAUGAACAAAGAUGAUUUCUCGUUCUCUGCAGAUGAAGAAACCAAAAUCAGCAGAAUCAUUACAGAUAUUCAUCAAAAUGUCGAUGCAGUUUUCUGCUAUCAGCUUGAAGAAGAUAAAAGAAGACAGGUCCAUUUAAUGGCACUCAAUUAUAGUGACUUACAAGCAGCAAAACACAAGUUUUCACUGGGAUUAGGUCGGAUAAAACAGACAGAAACACGAAGAAAUAGGAGAUUUGACAAUUCUUCACUUCAACAGGGCACUCCAUCAGAGAGAGAUAGAUUCCGUCAUUCAUAUCAUGGAAGCCGAUCAGCCGGAAAAUCUAACUCAGCUACUGGUUAUAGUAGUGUAAGUUCUGUUGACUUUAAAACAGCAGAAGGAUUGUUAGUACAAGUUUACUCGGGUAGUAUUCUCCAUCUUGAUGUGGACUGUAUCGUAAACGCCGCCAAUGGUGACUUACAACAUGGAGGGGGAGUGGCCCAGGUGAUAUCUAGUGCUGCUGGUUACGAGUUUGACAGAGAGAGCAGGGACUACAUAGCUAGAUAUGGUCCUCUGGGAGUUGGAAAUGUGUGCACCACGACCGCGGGGAAUCUGAAGUACAAAGGUGUUGUUCAUGCUGUAGGGCCAAGGUGGUAUGAUUACAGUCAUGACCAGAAGUGGCUUUGUCUGAAAGAUCUACAGUCAACUGUCCAGAAUAGUUUAGAUGAGGCAGACAUCCAAGGAUACAAGUCUAUAGCUAUACCAGCUAUCAGCUCAGGUAUAUUUGGUGUUCCAAAAGAACUCUGUAGUCAACAGUACUAUCGUGCUGUAGAAGAGUACAGUAGAACAAGGGGACAUGACUCGUCCUUGACUGAGGUUCAUUUUAUAGAUAAGGACACCGAAAUGUGUCAGCUGAUACAGACAACUUUCACAAAAUGCUUUGGGAAAAGUGAUAGUUAUAAAAGUGACAAUGGAGACAGGAAAAAAUCACCUACAUCCACCAUUCAUCAUACAAAACCUCCAUCAGUUAUUCUAAGGUCCAGAAGUGUGCCAUCAGAUACAGAUGGUUCCCCUGUAGAUUCUCCUAGUCUGCUGUCUUUCACUGAGCAGCAUUCAAAGCCAGGUGUAAAAGAUUUUAAGUACCAAAUUGGAAAUAAUUUGACUGUACACAUAGUCCAUGGAAAUAUUGUGGAAUUGAAAACAGAUGCCAUUGUCAGCCCUGAGAAUGUCCAGUGUGACAGUACGGGAAGGAUUGCAAGGGAAAUUGCCCGAGUAGCUGGACAAAAGUAUGUAGACAAUGAAAGAUAUGAACUGACACUUGAGCAGAGAAAACCAAAGUUGACAGAGGUACGCGACACUUUAGCUGGAGAUUCACAUUUUAAAUAUGUACUACAUGUGGUUGCACCUAAAUGGAAUGUUGAGGCCGUGCAAGACCAGAGUAAAUUCUGGAAACAGCUGGACCAAUCCUACAGCAACAUUUUCUCUUUAUGGGAUAAAAAUUGUCCUGAUGUAGCAUCAUUAGCAUUACCAAUCCUUGGAACAGGAAAAGUCCCCAAGCUUCCAGUUCCAAUCAUUAGUAUAUCCAAACAGAUAGCUGAUGUUUGUAAAAUGUAUGCUGACAAAACCACAACAAGGAAAACACUGUAUGUCUGCUCGGAUGACAUAGUAGCAGUACGUAGUUUGAGGGAUAUAUUUGACAAGAAAUUUAUCAAAAGUGAUGAGGAAUCAAUGGCCGACAGGAAAGAUCAGACAGCUGACCAGAGAGGUCAGACUACACCUGAUGUGAGUGGACAUCCCCAAGGGGCAGUUAAAGAGGUUGUGGAAGACUGUUGUAUCUGUAUUGACACCAUCACAAAACCUAAGAAAUUAUCCUGUGGCCACGCAUUCUGUACAGACUGUAUUGAUCAGCAGUUUAAAUACAAACCCGCUUGUCCCCAGUGUGGGGCUGUACAUGGGAAGAUCAUGGGGGACCAGCCAACAGGGACAAUGACUACGCAAACCAUGAAGUCAUAUGGAAGCCAAAAGUCCUUGCCUGGUUACAGUGGAUGUGGUGUUAUCAACAUCAUUUAUAGCUUCCCUAGUGGAAUACAGGGACCUGACCACCCCACGCCUGGUAAACACUACCAGGGUAUUACCAGAUGUGCUUAUCUCCCAGACAACGAGAAAGGCCGUCUUGUGGCAAAACUGUUAAAGAUAGCUUUUGACAGGAAGUUAGUUUUUACUAUUGGAAGGUCAAGGACAAGUGGUUACGAUGGUGUCGUUACCUGGAAUGAUGUUCACCACAAAACCAGAAAGGAAGGUGGUCCUCAGGCGUUUGCGUACCCAGACCCUACUUAUCUGGACCGAGUUCUGGAUGAGUUGAAGGUCAAAGGAGUCACAGAGGAAUCCCUUCAUGAGUAA